AUGUCAAGCAACAACAAUAUAGACAAGACAAUCAAUGUAGAUAGUACUACUGUACCAACAUCAACAACACCACCCCAAGUCAAGAAUAAAAUGUUGUCGUGGAUAGGACCUGCAAAUAGAUAUCUAGUGGCUGGUGCAUUUGCAGGUAUAGUAUCAAGAACUUUAACUGCACCUUUGGAGAGAUUAAAGAUAUUGAAUCAAAUACAACCAUUAAUGAAUAGUGGAACUAAAUAUAAUAAUAUUAUACCUGGUCUUAGAACAAUAUGGAUUGAAGAAGGAAUAAGAGGUUUAUUUAAAGGAAACCUUGCAAAUGUAAUUAAAGCAGCUCCUCAAUCUGCCAUUCGUUUCUCUUCAUAUGAAUUCUUUAAAGGUAUAUUAAUAAAAGAAGACAAUUCAACAUCUUCCUCUUCGACGACGGUUAAAUUAUCAUCACAUAAAUUAUGGGCAGGAGCAUGUGCUGGAGUGACAUCGGUUGUAGCAACUUAUCCAUUAGAAGUUGUAAAGACACAGUUGUCGGUACAAAUACAUGGUGAUCGAUAUAGAGGUAUUAUAGGGACACUUGCAACAGUGGUAAAAGAGAAUGGAGUGGCAGGUCUAUUUAGAGGCAUGUCUGCAGGUAUAUUAAAUGUGGCACCGUUUUCAGCACUCAACUUUUUUGCCUAUGAAACUUGUAAAGAUGUAACUGGAUAUAUGACAGGACAACCAAAGAUUGCAGUGUCGUGGUCAGUAGUGCACGGUGCCAUAUCCGGUGCAUUUGCGAUGACUGUACUAUACCCGUUGGAUGUAGUCAAACGACGUUUGAUGAUGCAAGGCUACAACAACACUCCCAUCGUCUAUCGAAACUUUUUACAUACCAUCUAUAGAAUGGUCAAAGACGAAGGAGUAUCAUCUCUCUACUUGGGUAUCAAACCUGCCUACCUAAAAGUAAUUCCAACUGUAUCGAUUAAUUUUUUCACUUUUGAAGGUAUACUUUAUUUAUUAGAUAAUAAUAACAAAUAA